CAAUCCCAUUUGGCUCCGACACACUACAGAUUUCUUGAUCUUUAAUACAUAGAGAGAGACGCAGGAUUAUUGCCCCACAAAUGCCAUUUAACGGAUGCUAAGGGUCUGUGAGGUUUCCAUGAAGCUGAACUUCCGAUAAUUGCGCCUGUCAGAUUUUACUUUAUUUGUUCAUAUUUUUGUAGCAUUUGAAUAUUCCUCGCCUUGUUGCUACAGUAACUCUGACCAUCUUAUGGCAAUUUUUUUGUAUCAUUUGUGACCGUCCAUAGAUAUCUGGCUUCCAGUUUCUGGAAAUUUUCCUUCACUUGAUUCUUUAGUCCUUUUUCUUGUUUUCGUAUAUUUAUCCAAUUAGUACUCCACUUGCUCCUCCGCUUCAAUGAACGGAGACGAGUGUGAGUGCGGAUCAUUUGCAGUUACUUCAAAUCAUAAUUCUGUUGAUGGGUUUGAAUUCAAUCUUGCUUCCAUGAACCCUCUAUCAAUUUCUGCCAACCUGCAAUCUCCUAGUGCCAAUAUUCCAUCUAUGGAAUCGAGCUCGAAUAGUGAUUCUCCCUACAAUAGUGAAACCUUCGAUUUCUCCCACGCUUUCUUCAAGUACAUAAAUGACGUUUUAAUGGAAGAAGAAUCGGAGGAUAAACCCUAUAUGUUGCAGGAUUGCUUAGCUCUUCAUGCUGCUGAGAAGUCCUUGUAUGAAGUCCUUGGCGAGAAGUAUCCACCUUCGUCUGAUCAAUUCCCUUUUCCUAUUCAUCGAAACGCAGUAGGCCCAGAUGAGAAUGUCACUCCAACUAGUAGUGUUGACAGCAGCAACAUGGCUACUGAGUUCAAUUGGAUUUCUGAUGAAUCCUCUGUUUUACAACCUCCUCAUAACGAGUUCAUAUUUCCACCACUAGAUUUAUGCGGAGAUAUAAACUCUUCUGGGAAGGUCAGUGGUGUGAUGGGGAAUGUUAAUAUGUCCCCUCCUUAUAAUUAUUCUGUGAUUUUGGCACCGGCGACCACGAGCAAGCCAUCGAAGCCUCCAGAUCUAGAGAAAGACUUGGCAGAGCAAUAUGUAGUGAAUGAUGGAAGGUUCUAUGCAUCAAAUCCGUCAAGAGGAAGGAAAAAUUAUCAACCUGAUGAUAAUUGCUGCUUUGAAGAAGGAAGAAGAAAGAAGCAUUCUGCAGUCCUUGCCGGAGAGUCUGAACAAUUGGAGAUUUUUGAUAAUUCAUUUCUGCGUAAGGUUGAGAACAAUGAGGCCACACCAUGUCCUCUAUAUGAUGCAUCACGGAACGAAGAAAGCAAGAAAUUGCAGCAGAAUGAACAAUCACAAGCAUCUAACUCACGCAUAAGGAGACUGGCUAAUGAUAGAGAGAUGAUGGAUUUAUCCACUCGCCUAAUUUACUGUGCACAAGCCGUGGGAAGCGGUGAUCAAAGGACUGCAUAUGAGCAACUAAAGCAGAUAAGGCUACAUGCUUCUCCAUUCGGAAAUGGAAACCAAAGAAUGGCUCAUUAUUUCGCUAAUGCGCUUGAAGCACGUCUAGCAGGCACUGAAAAUUUGGUUCAAAACGUGAUUGCAGGACCUUCAACGACUGUUGCUGAUAUCCUGAAAGCAUACCAACUUUAUGUUUCAAUAUGCCCUUUCAGGAAGAUGACAAAUUUUUUCACUAACAGAACAAUUGCCAAAGUAGUAGACAAGGCAAACAGGCUCCACAUUAUUGAUUUUGGCAUUUCCUAUGGUUUUCAAUGGCCUUGCUUUAUCUACCGUCAAUCAACAAGGCCUGGUGGACCUCCCAAGAUUCGCAUUACAGGAAUUGAUUAUCCGCAGCCAGGUUUCCGGCCUGCAGAAAGGGUUGAAGAGACGGGGCGUCGCUUAAAAAGAUUGGCUGAUAGAUUGAAUGUCCCAUUUGAGUACAAUGCCAUAGCACAGAAAUGGGAAACUAUUCGAUUUGAGGAUCUCAAGAUUCACGGAGAUGAGGUGGUUGCUGUUUGCUGUAUGUACCGAUUGAAGAACCUACCAGAUGACACAAUUAUGCUGGACAGCCCAAGGGAUACUGUUCUGAAAUUGAUCAAGAGAAUCAAUCCCGAUAUUUUCGUCCACGGAGUUGUUAAUGGAUCUUUCAAUGCUCCCUUCUUCAACACAAGAUUUCGUGAAACACUCUUCCAUUACUCUGCAUUGUUCGACAUGUUCGAGGCAAAUGCAACUCGGGAAGAUCAAGAAAGGCUGGUUUUCGAGAGAGAAUUGAUUGGAAAGGAUGUUAUGAAUGUAAUAGCUUGCGAAGGUACGGACAGGUUUGAAAGGCCAGAGACAUAUAAGCAAUGGCAGAAUAGGAAUUCGAGGAUCGGGUUUAGGCAGCUGCCAUUACACCAAGAUAUCAUGAAAAGAGUGAGGAAUAUCAAGUCUGAUUAUCACAAGAAUUUUGUGAUUGAUGAAGAUGGGCAUUGGAUGCUGAUGGGAUGGAAAGGGAGAAUAAUUCAUGCUAUUUCAGCUUGGGAAGCUGUCCAGGAGUAACAAGUACAAGAUUUUUCUUCCCCCUCCUGUCAAGGACUUGAGAUUUUGCAGUCCUGGAAAUGACUCUAUAGUCUAUACAAUUGAAUAACAACGUUUAUGGUUAACUACAUAGAAUUAGUGAACUGUGAUUUAUGAAUAACAAUUACAAGUUCUCUUUUUAAA